AUGUGUCACCGCCUCACCACAACGACCGUCCCCUGCGUCACGCCCCGUCAACAGGAUGUCUGCACCAGGUACAAGGAUGACCCAGGGUACUGCGUGGCGAAAAGGGUCAGGAACCAGGUGUACUACGACACCGCCAAAGACCUUGGAUGCUUCGGAAGGGGUAAUCAGUUGAAAGCGGGUGAGUGCAUGCGCGCGGCUACCAAGGUCUUCGCUGGCGAUGGUAACGACGGACUCCCGACGGAAGUAGUCAAGGCCAUGCUGCAGUACUGAACAGUGUGCUCGCGACGGAUGC